GGGUGUUUUGUGGCAUUGGUGUGUUGUGAAAAAUUCUCAAAUUCCCAGUGCAGCAGCUUUCCACAUAAAAAUGAUGGAAUGAAGCAGAGGGCAUUUCUACUUCCAUCUGCUUUAGCAUGGCUUACAACAAAACCGAUAUUACUUGUUUUUUAGUAACUGUAACAGUUUAUUUAAAGCCACUACAUGGAACACACAUUUUUUGUGUGUGGAUAAAGUGCAAGUUUUUCUUAGCAACAGAGUCCCUUUAGAAAACCCCAUUUUAGUGCAGCAGGGUCAGUCUGCCCCGCUCAGUCCUGGUUCUGGUUCUCCCGUGCCUCCCUUCCCUCCUGCGGACCAGCAAUACGGCCUGGGCCUGUUGGUGUUGGCUCCCAGCGGGGAGCAGCGCAGCAGUGAGGUGAAGCUCGGCUCUUGGCCGGGGAAAGAGCGUUGAGAAUAACUAUAUAGAAAUAUCUUCGACUGAUGGUCUCGUUUACUUAUGAAGGUCAUAUAGAGUCAUCAGUGUUAAAUUAGAUUGUUUCACCUCCAGUUAAACGUUCCUCAUGUUAAAUUGAAUUGAUGUUAGCCUAAAUUUCAGGUUUUGUAUGCACUUAAUUUGUAAAAUGUUUGCAAUGUGUAUUUACAGUAGUGUAAAUGUAUCCUUCAUUUCCAUUUCAUUAUACUGUAAGAUAUUGAUAUUAUAGCAAAAUGUUUUUGAGGUUCGUAGACUUUUGUUCGACUGUGUAAAACCUUUGUUACAACAUCAACGUUUUUUAAAUUCACUUCUUUAAAAUGGCAUUGGGCAUUUUCACGGCCUAUCAUUAUUUAAUUAACUAAUGCUGAUGUGAAAAAAAAAUGCCCAUUCAGAAAUAAUGUUUGAGAUGUCUCUCAAAUAUACAGAAAUUUAAAAAAAUGGAUUUCCAUUUGUAUGAAAUAUAUUUCUUAUUUGGCCACAUGUAUGUUGUAAACCUUUGCUGAUAUAUAACCUUUGCAUUUUCAGCCCUCACUAUGUUGUUUUUAAAUUACAUUUUGUUUGAUUGCCAUUUACUGUAUAUGUUACUUCCGCUGAUUAUAGGAAAUAUAUAGAUGUACGGUUGAUAUUAUAUAUGUGUUCACUUUUUUAGGUUGGACACUAUGAAGAUGCAAACUUGCCUUUCACAAUAUAUGUUUUUCCGGUGUCGGUAUCAGUUUAAAUUAAAGUUCAGAUGUACAGUAUUUGAACCACUCAUUCUUGUUGUGUUGAUGUGUCCUGCAUGCGUCCAUUUACAUCAUGGGUCGGAACCUUUCUGCCCGGAACCAUUAAACCCCGUACACUGUAUUAGUCGUGCAAUUUAGACGUAAGGACUGCGUAACUGCGGUUUAAACAACCCUUAGCUGUGUCUUGUGACACACUUACCUAUUGAAAUCAGGGAAUUGUUCAUACUUGUCGGGUCCGAAUGGAGAUAUUCGCCACGUUUGAUGACUCUGUGUUUUUGGAGGCGAGAGACAAAGUCUCCGUGACUUUGUGUUCUUACAACGCUAAACUGUGUGAGCCGGAGUGGUUCUGUGAGAAUACUGCUCUCAAUACAGAUGAUCCUUUGGAGAAGCAGAAAAUCUACAAGUUCAGAGGUGACUUGGCUGUGAGACAGGGAGACCAUCAGGUGUGUAAUGUUCUCACGGUGUGGUGGGUACAGAAAGCCUUGGAUGCAUACAGCAGCUGCCAGGAGUGGAUCGCUGACAACAACCUGACCAUCAGAAGAGAUGUACUGGAGGGAAUGGCCCGAUGCUGCACCAAACUGGGCCAGAGAGACAGAGCGCUGGACUUUGCCGACUUACUGAGCAAAGACGUGUCUAACACCUGUCACCUGACCAGCCUCCUGCUGCUCAAGGUCAGCAUCUACCAGCAUUUUGGAGCCGUACGAUCAAAGAUGUCCGCUCUGCAGCAGCUGUGUAGCCUGCUGCCCUUUAACCCCUGGCACUGGUACAACCUUGGACAGAUGUGUCUGCAGCUGCUGGAGAGCGGCAGAACCACAGGAUCGUGUUCCCCAGAGAGGUGCGAGUCAUCAGAAGAGCAGAAUGAUGGAGGGACUGAGGAACAGCAGCAGGAGGCAGCAGAGCUCAAUGACAACAGAAUCUGGCUGAAAGCUUGCGUCUGUUUCAUCAGAACGAGACUCCUGCUGAGAAUCCUUCGACAGCAGCAGUCGUCCUUCGUGUUGCAGCGCACUGAAAGCACUCUACAAAUGACAGAUGAGGUGUUACAGAGGCUGAGUCCCAAAGAAACAACCCUGCAGGCUCUCACUGAGGUGGUGUCAGAGGACCUAAUUCCAGAGAAGAUGAGGGAGGACUGCCAGGACGGGGACAGUCUGGCCAGCGUGUGUGUGCAGAGCUUCAGGGAGCGCUGGUGGAACAAGAUCCUACUGACCGGUGUGCUCGAGACUGAUGGCCUUCAGACACGGACACAGUGCUGAUGCUCCAGGGAUUCCUGUUCAUAUAUUAAGACGUUGGCAAACAGAAAAGGGACCGAAGAACAUGCCGAAGUUCCUGUCACUGUAUAAAUCUCAUCAAAACGUGAAAGAAACUGGAUGAACUGAAAGCCAGGUCAAAGUCCUGCAACAGAAGUGGAAAUACACAAAUACAGUUGACAUUCUCAAAAAUACCAAAACAGCACAAUAGUAUCAUCUUCAGAAGUAUAAAUCACGGUCUUAAAAUGCAAUAGAAUUUUUCACAUUCUGCUCCUCACUUUAUUGGAGCGCUGGGAGAACUGCGCCGUGAAUCGUACAUUUCAAGGCUUCAUCCACUUCAUCGUGUGUGCAGUAUGAUUCAGACGGGAAACAAAGUCACACAUUUGUAAAUCUUCCAAUGUUCUGCCUAAAAUGUCACGUCUGCCUUAACAUGUUCAUAUAUUAAGAAUGAUUUUAAUAAAAAUAUUUUCUUUUGUGAAA